CGUGCGACCCGCCGCGAUGAGUGCCUUCUUCCUGUGAUCUACCGGUCUCUCUUUCUCCUCGUGACACAUCUCCGUUCAUCUCGCCGUGCGUCCCCCUUUCCCCUUUCGGUGCGUGCCUUUCGUCUCCCCGAGGCCUCCCCCGACGCGCGCACUAAUCAACUUCCUGGAUGGGGCACAUUAUCGGCCUGAUUGCAGGCAGAUCCCAACGCCGCGGCGCGAUACCUAGCCCACCGGAGCACCGGACCGGCGCGGCGUGGCGGCAGAUCUAUCCGAUCUCUCGACAGUCGAUCGCGCGCACGAAAAGCAACGUCGGAAGCUCUGCGGAUGUCACUCGCGCCCGCAACUGAAGCGGUGCAAUGAUCCUGAACGUAAUAGAUCGGUUGUGACCUCCUUCGGGGCCUUACCACCUCGUCUCACCACCCCCUCCCCCUCCCCCGCCAUCAUCGGGGCCAGCGUUCCACCGUGCGCUUGUGCAAUUUGCCCUGAUGCUUCCCGGUAGUUCACGUGAAAGGAUCGUCCUGUGUCGCGAUGCGCUACCGAACAGUUCGCACGUGCCUCGAUAAUCGUUCGCGAGAAGAAUUGUUCGUUUGUCGAAUUUGAUUUUCUAUAGAAAAUACGAAGAGCAGGAAGCGAAGCGGAGGAUCGUGAUAAUUCAGGAAGAUAAUUACGGAUUUUCAUAAGCAUUUUUUGCUACAACAGUGAAAGCAUUUAAAUUUUAAAUUUACCAUUUUCUUUAAGACAAAUUGUGGAAGCCAGUGAAUAAAAUCAGAAUGAUUCGCAUUGUGAAAAGGCAUAACGCAGUUAUAAAAGCCGCGGGAUGAAGACUCGCGAGGCCUAUUUCGACAUUCCUCGUGCUACGUUUCACCUAAAAUCUUGAAGCGACGUGUCUCCAGAAGCCUGAAGGAUGUCUUUGGGGCAACGUAUUUCCGGCGCGGUUGCAGUUCUCCGGGGAGCCUCGACGGAGGCCAAGGAGAGCGGCAGUCAUACGUCGUGUGUAGAGGAGAUCGAGAAGAUGACAUCUGAGGAAGAAAUCGAGGCCGAAGCGCGGCACAAAGUGACGGCGCUUGAUAGGUUACAGAUGGUGAUAGAAUGGAUGGGAAGUAACUUGCUUCUGGCACUAACCAUCGCUGGAGUUUUGAUGGGUCUAGUUCUCGGGUUUCUGGGUCGAUUGGCAGAUUUUACACCGCAAUCUAUAACCCUCGUCAGCUUCCCGGGAGAGCUUCUUAUGCGGAUGUUGAAGAUGUUUAUCUUGCCACUCAUCAUCUCAUCGUUAAUAUCCGGAAUGGCACAGCUGGAUGUUCAAAGGUCAGGAAGGAUAGGAUUCAGAGCACUAACGUACUACUCAAUAACGACCAUUCUCGCCGCUAUAGUUGGUAUCGCGAUGGUGCUGAUGAUUCAUCCGGGUAAUCCGCAGAUUAAAACUUCGGCCGCGGCGGUGGUGAAAGCUGAGGAGACAAAAGUUUCUACCGUAGACGCAAUUCUCGAUAUAAUUCGAAAUAUGGUGCCGGAAAAUCUGGUUCAAGCGUGCUUCCAACAGGUUCAGACCUCCUAUGUGAAGAAAAAGGUGGUUAUGAUUGGUAGCGCGAAUCAAAGCGAAUAUAUAGUGGAGCCGACCUUGGUUUACAAGGACGGCACAAAUGUGAUGGGUAUGAUCGUGUUUUGCAUCAUCUUCGGUGUACUCGCGGGACAGAUAGGACCACGCGGCAAACUGAUGGUGGAUUUUUUCGUCGUGUUGAAUGAGAUUAUCAUGAAACUCGUCACGAUCGUCGUUGUUUGGUAUUCUCCGUUCGGAAUUAUGUGUCUGAUAGCUGGAAAAAUCAUGUCAAUCACAAAUCUGGCGGCAACCGCUCAAAUGUUGGGUCUGUAUAUGGUAACCGUUGUAUUAGGCUUGAUGAUUCACGCAAUCAUCACGCUGCCGCUGAUCUACUGGUUUAUGACCCGAAAGAAUCCAGCAGUAUUUUUUAGAGGUAUGAUGCAAGCCUGGGUGACAGCGCUAGGAACCGCUUCGAGCGCUGCAACCUUGCCAUUGACUUUUCGUUGUCUCGAAGAAAAUAACAAGAUCGAUCCGCGAGUGACGCGUUUUGUUGUGGCAGUCGGUGCCACGGUAAAUAUGGAUGGGACAGCUCUUUAUGAAGCCGUAGCCGCAAUCUUCAUAGCACAAUUAAAUGGAAUCUCAUUGGGAUUCGUUGAAGUCAUUACUGUCAGUCUUACGGCUACAUUGGCGAGCGUUGGAGCCGCAAGUAUUCCCAGCGCAGCUCUAGUCACCAUGCUGUUGGUGCUGACUGCUUUAGGUCUCCCUACGAACGAUAUUUCCUUGUUAUUCGCUAUCGACUGGAUGUUGGAUCGGAUCAGGACUUCUAUCAACGUUUUGGGCGACGGUUACGGGGCUGGAAUAGUCUACCACUUAAGCAAAGCGGAACUAGACAAGAUGGACGAAGAAAGGAGACUGGAGGGUUUGGAAACCGGAAAGCCUCUCGAAAUCGCCGCCGAGAGCUGUCGAGAAGAGCCAGGAGUGCAUGAACAAACUUCCGAGACGAAAAUCUGAGGUCUUUCUACAGAUUUCAGCAAAGACAUGACGCUGUUUCGCUAAUCUUCGUCUCUGCCAUGCAGAUUAACUUUUUAAUCACGGUUUAACGCUACUUACCUUUUUCUAAUUCUCAGAACUAGAAAAAAAUAAAAAGUGAGUUAAACUGAGAUUAAAAACCGAGAUUAAAGUUAAUCUACACAUUGGUGGAAAUGGACAUAAGAAUGUUAUCCGUCAGUUCGCAAGAACUAUUACUCGUCCCUGUGUUAAGUAUAUUCGUAUAAUGCGAUUGAUUUUCACUGCCGAAAUCAAGGUUUUUCCGUGGAUUUUUAACGUAUAUCAAAGUAAGCUAUACAUAUAAUUAUUAAGGAUACUAUAGGUAUGAUUCUUAUCUAAUGACAUACAAAUAUAAGUUUCCGUUUUUGUAGCGAGCGUUAGCUAGUAGCGAAUGAAUAAAGUUAAACAUUGAAGUAGAAAAUGUGAGCAUGUUAAGUACAAACUAACGGAAGUUGUAUUUUAAUUUCUUAUUUUCUUCUUUAGUGCGUGAGAUUCUUCUAUUUUAGAAUAACUUUAGAAUUAACAAAUGUACGCAGAAAUAAACAUGUACAGUAAAAUAAAGAUAUAUA